CGGAGUACAAACACGUGUGAAACUUUGCUCUCUCUAUGUGCAGUUGUUUACGUUGUAUAUACACGGUGUAAAUGAUAACGCCAUACGCAUUUAGCUUGCUGCUGACAUUUGCGCCACUCGAAUGAAGGAUAAUAUGUCAUUUAGCUAGCGCGAGUGUUCUGUCCGAGUGUAGUAUAGAUAUUUUACUAAUACACCUCCUGUUUUAAAAGACGUUUACAACCUGUUUACUGUCAUGGCUGAGGACAUGCUGAUGCUCAACAUCUCCUCAGGUUCUGUACAGUUUAACAGAAAAACAAACCAGAGGCACUUGUCAUCAGCAGAGAAAUGGGCACAGAAAAAGAGAGGGGCAAAAAGGAAGGCUGUCAUUGAGCCCCAAGAGAGCAGCGCCUCCAAACAGAGGAAGAUUAAUCAAACUGGUCAACAGCACGCACAUAAGCAAAAGCUGCAAACCCCCAGAAGCCCCUCUCAGAGGAGCAAUAACAGAGACACAGAGGAGAGCCCGGUCCAGAGAGAAAACUGCGCAGCAAAGUCCCCAUCAAAGGUGAAAACAUUUCCAAAGAAAGCUUCUGCAGAGCAAGGAGACCUUGGCACACCAUUUAUCAAGACAUCGUCUCUCUUCAGAAACAACCCAGAGAUCCCUGAUGUCCUCAGUCCUGCUGUAAAUCAAGUGAAGGAGAAAGUCUUCACCAGCAACUUGUUUGAAGAACUGAAUCUGCAUCCACAUCUGGUGGCCACACUCCAUAAAGUGUUGAACGUUAGCAGUAUGACGAGUGUCCAGAAACAGACCAUACCAGUGCUGAUGUCUGGUAAAGAUGCUGUAGUGCGCUCCCAGACUGGAUCAGGGAAAACAUUGGCGUAUGGGAUUCCAAUGGUUCAGUUUUUACAAGCGAUACAACCGAAAGUCAAGAGAUCGGAUGGGCCUUUAGCUGUUGUGAUUGUUCCAACCAGAGAGCUUGCCCUGCAGAGCUUUCAGAUGUUUCAGAAGCUUCUUAGACCUUUUACCUGGAUUGUUCCAGGAGUUCUGAUGGGAGGAGAGAAAAAGAAAGCAGAAAAAGCAAGACUGCGGAAGGGCAUAAAUGUUCUGAUCUCGACUCCAGGCCGACUGGUGGACCACAUCAAGAACACACUAAGUAUUGCUUUCAGUGCUGUGCGCUGGCUAAUUCUGGAUGAAGCUGACAGGAUUCUGGAUUUGGGCUUUGAGAAAGAUCUGACUGUGAUUCUGAAUGCUCUGAACGCUGCUGGACCCGACAGGCAAAAUGUGCUGCUUUCAGCCACUAUAUCUGAAGGACUGUCCCGAUUAGCCAGUAUCAGUAUGAAGGAUCCUGUGAGUGUCCAUGUGUCAGAGGGGAGUGAGGAGACAGUUGAAGCGUGUCCCCAGGCGGCCCCUCAGGCUCUGUCAGACAGCUACGCAGUGCCUGAGAGACUGCAGCAGCACGUGGUGGUGGUGCCCAGCAAGCUCCACCUGGUCUGUUUGGCUGCCUUUAUUCUGGCCAAAUGCAAGUUUGAGCAGCAUCAGAAGUUGAUCAUCUUCAUAUCCAGCUGUGAGGCUGUAGAGUUCCUGCUCACUCUCUUUACUGCAGUCCUCUGUGAGAUUCCCAGCAACACCUCAUCUAAAAGUACUCCAUACCUCAACUUCUACAGGCUGCAUGGCAACAUGAGACAAGAGGAGCGCACUGAGGUCUUCCAGGAGUUUUCUCAGUGUAAAACUGGCAUUCUGCUGUGUACGGAUGUAGCUGCACGUGGUUUAGAUUUACCUCAGGUUACUUGGAUUGUUCAGUACAAUCCUCCAGUUUCUGCAGCGGAGUAUGUUCAUCGUGUGGGCCGCACUGCUCGAAUCGGAGCUCAGGGCAGCAGCCUGCUCUUCCUCACCCCCUCCGAGACCGCUUUUGUGGAUGUGCUGGCCAAUCACAACAUCAGUUUGUCUGAGAUGAAGAUGGUGGACAUCCUGUCCACGCUGAUGAAAGACGAGCGCUUCAAAGUCAGAGGGAAAUGGGACAGCAAGAGAUCAGCGGCUGUUUUUGAGCAGGAGGUGCGAGAGAGAGCCACCAUGUUACAGACUGAAUUUGAGAAUUAUGUCCACGCCAGUAAUGAGUCUCUGCAAACAGCCAAGAGCGCACUGCAGUGUUUCUUGAGAGCUUAUACCACAUACCCAUCCAGUCUAAAGCAUAUCUUCCACAUCCGCAUGCUGCACCUGGGCCAUGCUGCUAAGAGCUUUGGCCUGAGGGACGCACCCCAGGGCCUGGCCAGCUCCAUAAGCACUAAUCCUGCCAACAGCAAACACUCCAAGAAGGCCAAAGACAAAGCCAAGAGCCCUCCCAAGAAACUCACAGCAAAGCAGCGGGUGUCAAACCUCAUGCGUUCAGAGUAUGACAGUGGCAUGGAUGGACAAUCUAAGGCUAAGAAGAAAAGCAAAAAGAAGAAAGGUCAAGCAGAGGAAUCAACCAAUGCAUAAAGUGGGCAAUACAGGAGAGAUCAGAGACUGCGCUUUUCUUUUUGGAAGUGCUGAGGUUAGAGGCUGUCGCGACCAGGUGGAUUCUCAGGGUUUGA